AAGCUCCCCAGAAUUGCUUCACCAACAUCUCCUCUUUGCUCUGCCAGAAGACUAGACUCUUCUCCUAAUCCAAUACAUUCUCGGCCAUCGGGGGCAAUUAGCGACUAUGUGCUUCAUCUUCACUUGCGGAGAGCACGAGUUUUCCUCGCAGCUGAAGGGUUACGAAAGUGUGCUAUGCCAAUGCCAUAACUGCGGGAACUGGUCCGCCAGAGUGAUCAAGCGCAAUCCCUGGUUCACGCUCUGCUUCAUUCCCGUCAUCCCGCUGAGCGUCCACGGCUACGAAGACGUCGUAUGCUCGAUCUGUAAUUUCGCCCAGCCGCUACAAAACAGACAGGAUGUGAUGGCACAGGUUAAUGGGGGCGGCGGGAUGCCUUUGCAGAAUCAACCGCCUCCUGGAGGUGGUCCGCAAGGCUGGGGAGGGGGUCCGCCUGGUGGCCCUGGGGGUGGAGGCCAACCAAAACCGCAACAAAAUAUGCAGGUCUACAGAUGAUAUUGGGGUUUGAUCCCAGGGGCUUGGAAUACCGACGGUUUGGUCGGGAGUAACGAACGAGCUUCUUGGCUCAUUUGCGACAGGCCUGGAGGGUUGAUGAUUGGACAAUCAGGCGAUUCUUGGAAAUAUACGACAAUGAGGAUUGGUUGGCGUUACGUUGCAAAAUGUUAUUAUGAAGGCCUGGGGUGGAUCUGGAGAUGAGUCCUCCUCCGCGGGGAUGCAGAAUACAUGAAUUUUACGAACACAAAGAGGUGAUGGAUUCUAGUCAAAGUUGCGUUUUGGUUAUCUAUAUUCCUUUUUCGAUCAAGCCUUUUUCUUGGCAAGCCCAUUUCAAUUCACGCAAGUGCGUCUAGAAAGAGAAGUUAUUUUGGUUCAGAUAUUCUGACCGCCCAACGUUGUGGGAUAGAGAGGAAGGAAGAAACCUUGGCUAGUUUCAAGAGAUAAUAAAUUUCUGCACCUCGGACGAGCGGAUCUCUGGGGACGAGCGGAUCUCUAGGAUG